AAGAACGGGUGGCAGAUCGAGCUCCUGGACAGUGUCCGAACCCGCUUGCGGCUGCACCAGGGCGAUGGGAGCUUCGUCGCCGAGUGGCUGCUUCCAGACCGGGACGUCGCGGUCCCGGCUGAGCUAGACAUCAAGCUGUUCCAGAGCUACGCCGCCUACUUCAACAUCCGCGCGAAGACGCACCGGGACGCGGGCCUCGUGGACGACGCUGCCAGCCUCGGAGCAUGCCCCUGGAAGUGGGCGAUGCUAUCCGCAGUGCUCGCUCUUUGGGCCCUCAUGUUGAAGCAGAACGACGCCGCGGCGCCCGCCGACUGGGCCGCCCAUAUCACGAUCGCAAAGGGCGUCGUGACGCGCGCCCUGCGUCCUCUCGAGAUCCUGGGGAGCAUCCUGGCGGGCGCUGAUGCGCGAUGUGGGCGGAGCGUCGAGACGACCUCCGAGUUAUCCAAGGCCGAGCCCGCCGCUCCGCCCGAGAACGAGGAAGAGAGAGCGGCUUCGCAGCUCGCCCGGGCGCCCCCGCCGCUGGACUUCAACUUCGCGGAGAGGGCGCACAACGUCGGCCUGAUGGACACGGACGUGGCCGGGCGUUUUUGUCAUGGCCAGGAAGCCCCUUGCCGGCGUGCCCAGGAGUUGCGAGGCUCGCCGCGCGCGAGGUCUACAAAGUUGUCACGAAGAUGGAGGCGGAGCGCGAGAACCUCCAGAAGCCCAAAGUCUGCGAUUGCCGCGCGGGGCUGGCCCAGGCGCCGCCCGAACCCGGCGCUUGUGCCAAGGGCAGCGACCAGCUCGUUUUCGAGCUCCCCGCCGAGGCGGCGGCCGAGGCAGCGCUCCACGAGCGG